GCCGAGCUCGCCGGCCCCGUGCGACCCGACCCCGCGCUGGUGCCGGCCGGGGAGCCGUGGCCCGCCGCGCCCCGCCGCUGGCGAUGGAGCCAUGGCGCUUAGCCGGCGGAGGCGGCGGCGGCUGCGGCGCUGCCGGGCACUGCUGCUGGGCGCGCUGCUCUCGCUCUCGGGCACCUGCCUCUGCUACGGCCUGCUGCUGCUCUGCUGCGCCCCCGAGCCGGCGCCCGCGGCCGCCGCCGCCCGCUGCCUCCCCGCCCUGGCCGCCGCCGCCCGCAAGAAACUUCUGCAGAAGUGGCGCGCCUGCCCCGCCGCCGCCCCCUCGGCCCAGGGCCCGGCAGCCCCCUCGGCCCGGCCCCUACGAGGCGGCGGCGGCGGGAGCAGCCGGAGCAAGCCCGCCGCCGCCAAGCGGCUCCCGCACGCGCUAAUCGUGGGCGUGAAGAAGGGCGGCACCCGCGCCGUGCUGGAGUUCAUUCGCGGCCACCCGGCCGUGCGGGCCCUCGGCACCGAGCCCCACUUCUUCGACCGGCACUACGAGCGGGGCCUGGAGUGGUACAGGCACCUGAUGCCCCGCACCCUGGAGAGCCAGAUCACCAUGGAGAAGACCCCCAGCUACUUCAUCACCAAGGAGGCUCCCCAGCGGAUCUUCAACAUGUCGCGGAGCACGAAGCUGAUUGUGGUGGUGAGGAACCCUGUCACCCGAGCCAUCUCGGACUACACCCAGACCCUCUCCAAGAGGCCGGACAUCCCCACCUUCGAGGGGCUGUCCUUCCGCAACCGCAGCCUGGGCUUGGUGGACGUGUCCUGGAGCGCCAUCCGCAUCGGCCUGUACGUGCUGCACCUGGAGAGCUGGCUCCGGUUCUUCCCACUCACCCAGAUCCACUUUGUCAGUGGGGAGCGGCUCAUCACGGACCCCGCAGGCGAGAUGGCCCGAGUGCAGGACUUCCUGGGCCUCAAGCGGCUCAUCACGGAGAAGCACUUUUUCUUCAACAAGACCAAGGGCUUCCCCUGCCUGAAGAAGGCUGGGGGUGGCACAGGGCCACGCUGCCUGGGCAAGUCGAAAGGGAGGCCUCAUGUCCAGAUUGACCCCGACGUGCUGGAGCAGCUGCAGGACUUCUACCGCCCUUACAACACCCGCUUCUACGAGGCCGUGGGGCGAGACUUCCGAUGGGAGUGAGGGUGGUGGCCCCACCGGCCAGGCCACUGGCCAGGUCUUUGACUCCAGCCCUCCUCCGAGCCACCUUUGUUUUGACCCUGGGCGGCUGGCCCAGGAGGCCAAAGUCCAGCACUCGAGCCAGGGUACCGCAGCGCACAGCCAUCCCGCCUGGCUCGGCAAGGCCUUCGGUAACUUUUCAAUGGUGCAAUCAGGGUAUGUGUGGCCCAAGGAUGGACUUUAUUUUUAAUAAUGUUAUAGAAAUAGAGUUUAUAAAGAUCACUAUGUAAGCACUAAGGGCACCUGCUUCCCAGCUCUGCCAUCCUUCUUCCUGGAAACCCCGAGGCCUGGAGGUGUCCCCUUGUACGAGGCCCCCAGCCCCAUUGGGUACUUUGCCCAUGACAAAUAAAGCACAGAUUUCUGCUAUUACGGGUACUUCGGGCCCAGCCCUUCCCUCGCUCAGGAGCGUCUCUUGGCUGCCUCUUUUCUCCGUCCUCCUUCCCAUGAAAUAAAGUCCCGUCCAGCCUGAA